GGACUGACUGAUGUUGUGUGUUGGCAGUAGCCGGAGUAGCGGAUACACAAGUCGGCCCCGCUGCUCGUCAAACUGCGACAGGAAUAAAACGGUGCGUUAGCCACGUCUUGGUCUCUGCGGUUCCACAAUUCGAAUUCCACGAUGAGACUGUUUGUUCUGCUAGCGUGUGUUUGCUUCACAUAUGCUGAAGAGCAGAAACUUCCUGAAGCACGUCUAUUGAGUCUGAAGAAGGUGCUCAACCGAUACCUGGUCGAAAAUCGGGACGUCUCAGUGGACUAUGAGCUUUUCAACGUUGGAGAUGCACCGGCGCUCAACGUGAAGCUCACGGAUCGCACGUUCCCUCCUUCGGACUUUGAUGUCGUCUCUGGCUCGCUGGAUGCGAAAUUCGAGAAGAUCCUGCCGGGGGCCAACGUGAGCCACUCUCUGGUUGUUCGGCCAAAUAAGUAUGGUCUCUUCAACUUCACAAGCGCCGAGGUCACAUACCGAAUCAGCGAGGACAGCACAGAGGAAAGGAUUUCUUUCACGACCGAACCGGGACAGGGAGGGAUCAUGCCGGAGGUGGAAUACGAACGCCGUUUCUCGCCGCACUACUUAGACUGGGCUGUUUUCGCUCUGGUCUCGAUGCCUUCCAUCCUCCUGCCGUACUUCCUGUACCAUUCGUCGAAGAGCAGAUACGAGGGUUUGGUGAAGAGCAAAGCGAAAUGAGCUAGAGAGUGGAAGUUGACUUCCCGGUCAAAAUGUCCCGGUAUAGAGCGAAGGCUACAAAAUCACGCUGUGUUUAUCCUCAAGUUUGUCAACUACCAUAAGGAUUUUAUAUUUAUCGAUCAAUGAAACAAAAAGCGAGAACAAUGAUUGAACCAGCGGAAUCGGGAGAAGAUCAAGACAGCGGGAGAGAGUGCCAGCUACAUCCUCCGCUCUCAGACGACGGUCAUGGACGAAUGAAACGAUGACGAUGAUGAUGAGGAGUGGUUUUUCGUCGGCAUGAAUGUUGAGAAAGGAAGGUAGGAGUGUGAUGAAAUAAAGUGCUCAUAUGUUUACA